AUGGCUGCGAGUCUGGUGACGGACGACUCUCCAGAAUCUCGGAACAAACUCUUCAAGGAUGCUUUCAGGAUCGAUGCAGUGCGGGCGGCCGAGGAUAAGGAUGCAUUGAAAGCUCACAAACCCGUAAUUGGAAAACCGCUCCAGUACCCCAAUUCGGCGGCGACAAAGGCGAGCAUCGAGGAGCACAUGCGAGAUGCGCGACGGCAGCUCGGACUUGGAGUCGUCUGGGAUCACUUCAACAAGAAGGUACCGGAAUGGACUGAAUGCUUCAAGUUGAUGAAGCGCAUGACGCCGCAGUGGAGCGAGAGAGCCAACAUGUCGGCCGUGAGGAUUGUCCUGCCCAAGUCGUGGGAUCUUGAAGUCAACAACCAGAACCUCGAGUACGUCGACUCUGCGACAGGCGUUCUGCAGAAGUUGCGAGCUGCGGUGGAUAAGAACCCGUCGGCCAUUGUGCUUCGUGGGCAGAGCAAGAUCCUGGUCAAGGUGGCUGACGAGAUCGUGCGGUACUGCAAGGAGGCCGAGAUUUAUGAACUGGGAGAGGUGGCAACCUCUGACUACAGGACGAGACAACUGUGGCCGACUAUCGAGAACGCACCUAAUGGCGGUGCUUCGCUGCCGGAUGAUCACAACGACAACAUCUGGGUGCACAAGGAGUACCAGCCGCAUCUGAUAACGAUGCCUUACGAAGACAUCCCGCGACCCGAGGUGUGGACGAGGGACAACUUUGAGCAUUAUAUUGCGAGUCUGGUCUACGGCAGGCUACGUUCGCACCUGGCGAUCCCCUUCUACGGCCAGCGCCGCAUCAACGGGAGAAACAUUGACACGGACGGCAUCCGCAUUAAGCUGAUCGUCGACGCCUUUGAAGACCCUGCAGCCCGGCCAUUUAUUACAGUUCCAGUCCUCAGGAUGGCCGUCUCUAUGAUGACUUUCAGGGGUGGACAUCGCGCCUCGGCCAACCGCCUGGUGCAGCUGGCGGAGGAAUGGGGUAUCCCGAUGGACACUGACAUCUACAACAUCAUGCUCGAGGGCUACGCUCACAAGCGUGAUAUUGGCUUCUUCUACGGAUUCCUCCGCAAGAUGCAGGCGCGGUAUUUCCACCCCAAUAUCCGCACCUGGCUCCUCUUUCUUCAGCUCAUCAGGGGAGAGGAUGAGAGGAGGCAGGUGAUUGUGGCCAUGUAUGAGCUAGGCAUGUUCAACCAUGCGGCCACGCGCCGAGGCAUUGCCGAUGUCAUGGCUUCUCUCGACUCGUACGCCGCCUUUAAGGCUGGUAGGACUCUCAAGGGCUUCCUUGCCGACCAGAAGGAGCGGUAUGGUGAAGACUGGCUGGCCACCGACGGCCUCAACGAUAUCAUCACGGAGCUUCUUCGCUUCCAUCGGACAGAAGACCCUCGGAUAGGAGACUGCAAGAAGCUUGUCAAGAUCCACACAGAUGCAGGCCGCCGCAUCGACCUCAAGACCAUCAACAUCUUCCUCAGGCAUUCGGCACUUACCCGGGACUGGGACACGGCGCUCUGGGCCAUGUCGCUCUUCAAGGAGGCCGGCUGCGAGCCCGAUCAAGAGACAUACACGGCGCUCAUGUCUCUCUCUGUGCGGACACGCUCGCCGCAUGCCCUGGGCACCGUCUAUUUCUAUGGCGUGCUGCACCGCAAGCUCAAGAAGGCAUCGCGUCAGAUGCUGAGCAAGGUGCUCCUUGGCACCCACCACGACACCUUCUGGAGAACCUGGGAGCACCAACCGGGCAUCUUCCCCAAGGAUGCCAUCCCAGACCUCGAGCUCAACAAGAUCCCCCGCUUCUUCGCCGUAAUGUCGCGUAUAGAGCGUGUCAUCCUUGAUCGCUGGGUAGGCUAUGUCCCUAUUAAACCUCUAGAGCGCUCCCUCGAGCUCGCCUACCGCUCUAACGACAAGCCCAUGCACCACCAGCUGCGCGCCGGUAAGCCUAUCAAGGUGCAAGACCUCGUCGUCAAGCUUCGACGGGUCGACGGCCAGGAGGGAAAUAUCAACGUGAGGCUUUUGGGUCGCUUCGAUCCCUUCCGCAUGAUCGAGAACUGGGUUGAACCAGAACCCCGGCAGGAUCAGGAGUCUAGCUGGGUUGAUCCAGAUGGAUCAGAGAUGGAGCGAAAGCCCAAAAAGGAGUCUGAGUCAACGAGUCAUGAAGCUCAGAGUUUACUACCACCUGAGAGACAGCCUGACGAGCCGUCUUCUGAUGCAUCGCCGUCCGCUGGUACACCUGCCAGCUAA